AGGUAAUGAAGGUGUAAUAAUGGAAGCCAGCCAACUAACCAUAUGGACCCCAUUUGAAAUUGCCUUUAUUUUAGGCCCCUCAAAGAUGAAGCAGAGGCAAAAAAAAAAAAAAAAAAACAGAAAUACAAUGGUGGGUGAUCGAGUGGAGUGGAGUCGAGAGAGAAAUAAUCAUUUUUGGAGGAUGGGAAAUUAUAGGUUUAGGGUAUCGGAUAUGAUGCCAAAUUCCUGGUUUUACAAGCUGAAAGACAUGACGACCAUUAUUAGGCGAAGAAAUAAAAAUAAAGAUCAGCCUUCGAAGAAUACCCAUACUACUACUGAUCUUGCUUAUUCUCACCCUAGAAAAUCCAUUCAUUUCACCGCCUCCCAACUUGCUGCCAAUUCUCCGCCUGAACCACCCAGAAGAUCCUCCAAAGGAAAAAAGCCCAGGCGAAGACCUACUUCUUCGUCUGCCGCCGCACCCACCUCCACCUUGCUUCUUACUUCCUCCUCCGGUUGCAGCUGCGGCCGGACGGCACUACAGUCCGUCGCAACCACAAGUACUACUCCCCCGCCUAUUUUAACUCACCAUUCAUAUUUACAUGCGGAGAAGGAAGAAGAGGAUGCCAACGCCGUCAUUUCUGGAAAGGCACACAAAGUUUCACCUAAAAAAAUCAACGGCUCAGAUGAAGAGUACUUGAAAUCCCUUCCGCAGAUUAUUGAUCAGCUUCCUCCAAUCAUUACGAGGUCCUCCUCCUCCUCCUCCAAUGCCGCAGAUGCCUCCACGUGUCCCUCCAUCUCCAUCGCAAAGAAUGAUAAAUCGGAACCGAUCAGGAGCAGCCCCUCGCGUCGGUUCCUACUCAAUUCUCCGGGACCCAAGCUUCGUAUUGUGAACUCUCCGAGAGUUUCGAGCAGCAAGAGAUUCGGUCAUGUUGGUCGACGGAAAAGUGGGAAGAGAAGUUUGAACGACAGCCUCGCGAUCGUGAAGUCAACGGAGGAUCCACAGAGGGAUUUCAGAGAAUCAAUGAUGGAGAUGAUUGUGGAGAACAAAAUCAGUGGGUCCAGUGAAUUGGAAGACCUUCUUGCAUGCUAUCUCUCUCUCAACACAGACGAAUAUCACGACAUAAUCGUCAAAGUUUUCAAGCAAAUCUGGUUCGACAUGACCGAUAUUAUUGGAGUUCAUUAUUAGUUAUUUCUUCAUUUCUUUUUCUUUUUUAAUUAUUUGCCAAAUAAUAUUUCCAUGAUCUUCUAUAAUUUCUUCUUCAAUUUCUAAGUAAAUAAAUGGAGAUUAGCUAGCUA